AUGUAUUUUUCAGAAUACUUGCCACGUUUAAAUUCAAUAUCAGUAGCUCUAGAUGUCCAAAGUGGUUUCAACAUUGAUGAAAUAAAUCGAAUUAGUAUUGCUGGAGAAUUGCUCUCCAUUGAGCUAAAAAACAGCCCACCUAUUGACGUUCAUCUACCAUGUAAAGCUUCACAAGCAAGCAUAACAGGAUUGAAGUUAGCAAAUAACACCGUAUCAUUUGGAGUCAAAAUACAUGAAAAACGACUUGACUCUACUGUACCGUUUACUGAUCAAGCUAUUGAAAAAUGGUCAUGUAAAGACCUUUCACAAACUCCGAAAAUAGGUAGAAAUCAUAAAUUCAUAUUUGUAUGUAAGAAUUGCAACAGUGAAUUGAUUGAUUCAUCUCAGUAUGAUUUUAAAGAUAUGCCAUCAGAACAAUGGUAUGAGAUGAUGGAUUUUUGGCACUGCCACAAGCCAGAGAACUACGAGAAGCAUAAGAAAGAAUACAAAGGUAUACUAAAACCAGACAAUAAAACUAUUAUCAUCGGCUCUUACUAUCUACUAGAGAAAUCUAACAGGAACAUCGUCAAAAUUCAAGACUCAAUCACUUGCAACAAAUGUGGUCAACUACUUGGUGAAAUGUUUCAGGGUACUUUGAAAAUUUUUAAAUGGUGUGUCGAGCUACAGUUUGAGAGUGGAAAUGCUAUCCAUAAAGAGCAGUACCGUCCUGGAUUGUUUAUUUAUAAUAUCAUUUUGGAUAAAAUCAACUUUUCUGCUGUGAGGAAAUUCAAAAUAGAAGUUGAAGCUCAAAGUAAAUUUAUCUGGAUUAUGAGCCUAGGCUUAAAUGUGGUGAUUGAUGGGAAAAUAUGUCAUAAUGCACUCAAAGUACUAUGUGCGGACAAUGUGUCUAAAGAAGAAUCUUAUGAAACUUUGGAUGUGCCGUAUCCAGAAGUUGCAAAGCUGUUUUUGAAUGAUAUAAAGACCAUAAACAGUUUAAUGCCGGUUUCUAUGAGAAGUGUAUCAAUUGGUACUGAUAAUUAUUUAAUUAGUUAUCUAAGCUACACCUAA